AUGGCUCGCUCCCAGGUUUCCGUAUUCAUCAACACUUUCUCCAACUCGGCUGCUCAGAAUGACGUCUUGGACUUUCUUAAUCCGUUCAAGCCGAUCCAGAUACGCUUGCGACCGAGGAACAAUGACCCUCGCGGCGGGCAGUUCGCGAUUGUCGAUUUCGCGGAUGAGGCGACUGCUCUUGUGUUGAUCGCGGAGAAGAAUUUCAGCCGUUUCAUGGGACAAUCGAUGAAAUUGAAACUGGCCUUCGCUAAUCAAAACACCUUCAACAAUAACAACAGCAGCAACAAUGCCGGGAACAGGAGCUUCCAAGAGAACCGGAGCUCUCUACAGGCCCGGAACACUCCGCAAAGGCUUCAUAGUCCGAAGGGACGCUCUCGGCUACGAGAGAUCCAAAUCCCGCGCGAGAUCGUCCGGGGAAACUUCAAAAUAAUCAAGUCGGUCAGCUGCACGCAUUUUGUCGCCUUGGAAAGCGGCUGGGAAAGUGACAUGGAUGGGCUCUCCGAAGGCCUCGAGGACUUCGCCAAUUAUGCGAAAUGCGGCGUGGACGACAUGGAUCCCGGCGUCGUUCACGCUUGUAAGGACCCUGUUUCAGGAAAAUGGCGACGCUGCCGAAAAAUUGGCGAAGAGUCCGGCAUGCUUGUCGUGGAACUCAUUGACCUCGGUGGCUCACUGAUGGUGACGAAGGACCAAGUGCUGUCCCUCUCGCAGCUCUACAAGGACUGGAGCAUCAAGGCUGUGGAUGUGUUCCUCGAAGGAUACGCAGCCACGUCCAGCUCGAAGGAAACUUUCGAGAAAAUCGAAGAACAUCUGCUAAACAAAACCUUCCAACUUGCUUACCUCCACGAAAGAACUGGAGCACUUUUGAGGGAUUGUGCCCGAGUUCAAGAUAUGCGACUCGAUGGCGAAUCUGUCCUUGACGAACUUGUGCAAAAAGGUCUCCUCUUCAAACGACAGCUGCCUCAGGAGGGAACUCCGACCCCGACGACCGGUUCCGAACGUGCAAUCACGAAGUCAUCGACGACGCCGCUACUUCCAAGGACGUCGCAGCCAUCGACACCACACACCGAGCGUCCAUGUCCUCGAGUGCAGCAUCGAAUUGACGGCGUCAAGCCCAUGGAAGUAGAGAUAAAGGUUGUCGGCGGCACGAGCCGCAACUCGGAAACUCAGUGGGGCGAGUGGAGCCAACAGGGUCAAGGAACCAACACUCAGAGUCGACAGAAUAACUCGCAGUCAACCGACGGCUGGGGCAGCGUAGGACUCGCUAGAGACGACAUCGGUACCGAGGUUUGGGAUCGAGUCGACGACCGCGUACCGAGCGGAGCCCUCACGGACACUUGGGCCGAAAGCGGGCACGAGACGUCACCCUCCAACAGAACAGCUCCGGCGUGGAACGUCCAGGACUGGUCGGCGUCUCCUCCGAAGAAAGCCUCCGCUCCCACGACACAGGGAAAACCCUCGCCCGCUGCAUCAGCGACAGCGCGAGCAGCAUCGUCCCCUACGAUCGGGUCAAUUGUCGGGAACCAGUCACCGGCGAACUCGGCCGCAAACGUACUGAAACCGAAGAAGUGUGAGGAUGUUUUCAGCGAUGUCGAUGAGUGGAGCAAAGUGUCUGGAGGUACUUCCUCGAACCAAGAACCUUCAACCCCGGCGCUGGAGAGACUCGCGAUCAGCGAGGAAUCACGAUGUUCGAAUUGCACCCAACUCUCUCCAAAGACCUUAGAAAAACUCGUUUACGGCAGAUCGGUACAGCAGAUGAUCAGCGACCGGAUAGCGAUCAUAUCAGCGGAGCUCAACAAGCUCAAGAUGCAUAUAACGAGGGUUUCCAUCAUGGCCUCGCAGACAGAAGAUUCCAUGACCGAGCUCAAACACCAUCGUCGAGCCGCUCAGAUCUGCACUCAAGAUCUAGAGGAGAUCAUCCAGCUGGCUUCGGCGCAAACGUUGGCCGCGUACCAUCUGACGGCGUGGGCGCAGUUCGUCGGUCGAAUCUGGAGUCCGAUGAUGAAUCUUCUGUAUAUCAAUGAACAACCUCUCAGCGUGUACAAGAGUACAGUGAUACGGAGAGCUGAAAUCGAAGUGACUGACGGCUCGAUUGAAGAUGAUCCGCAGCUCACUGUAGUACUGGAACGCGCGAUCGACCCGUCUAAGAUCUUCAAGUUCGCCCAGGACCUAAUAACGCACAAAAAAGCCGCUAACGUUCACCGCGUCUUCUUUAGCGAGGACAACUCGAAAGCCUUCGUGAUCCUCGACAGCAUUGCUCUCGGCGAUUUCGGCAGCCUAGAGCAGUUCGGCACUUGGGCUGUAGACUUCCUACUGGAGCUGAACAUCAUUCAGUGA